GGCUAUGCUUGAAGCAUGCUUGGAGGCCUUGAAGUAGGAGAUAAGACAGCGUGGACGCAGGGGAAGAUGUCAACAAUGUUGCCGACCGACCUGAGCGCUAGCAGGCAUGUGACCGUGAAGUCAGCACCAGGAAGUCAUCAGCUCUGCUCCACCCGACAUCCGUGCACACUUUCUUCUUCUUCUUCUUGGGAUGAGCAGCACAAACACACCUCUGCAGAAACAAUAGAACGCUGCGUUUGCGCCAAGAUGGCGACCCCUGGAGGGGUGCUCCUGUUCCUCCUCCUGCUGAUCACCGCUGCAAAGAUUUCAGCGUACCAGUCCAAGUGUGGCGGCAUCGUGUGCCCACCAGGCAUGGACUGCAUUGAACGUGGUGGGAAGACGCGUUGUGCCGACCCUUGUGAGAUCUACACCCCCCUGGAUGACCACUGGCGAGACACACAGUUUGCUUCAGAUCGGAAAAGCCUAAAAUGUGACCGAGAUGUUGAGUGGAAGGGCUGGUAUCGUCUGCUCCUGGGGGGCAAGAGUGCACGUAUUCCUGAGAGAUGCAUAGCGACAUUCAGGUGUGGAGGCGAUGCACCCAUCUGGAUGAAAGACCCUCAUCCCACACAAUGGAAUGAAAUUGUAGCUCGCACAGUGUCUGGUUCCUGGUGGGGUAAUUGCUCCCGGUACACGACCAACAUCCAUGUGAAGAAGUGUUCUCACUACUACGUCUACAAACUGGUCGACCCAGGGCAUUGUUCUCUGGUCUACUGUGCAGAAUUGGCUCCUCCAUUCCUCAGUCACAUCACUUGUGGAUCUGACAAAAUCCUGGUGGGCGUGAAUUCCACUGACAUAAGUGUCGCUGUUUAUAACCCAUACCAUGGCCACCUGGAAGACAGCAAGUGUUUGCAGACAAAGGAUGAAAAUGGUACCGUGUUGUACGAAACUGAUGCUCAGACGGGUACCUGUGGAAACAAAGUGCAGACCAACAGCACACAUGUCAUCUACUCCAACACGUUGUACAUCUAUCUCAGCAAAGAUGUCUCUCAUCCCAUGAAGUUGCCUUUCUCAUGCGUGUAUCCCCUGGCCACACACACCAGACUGAACUCACCCAUCAGAACGAUCCUGCCGGGCAGUGGAAAGGUUAAUCAGCACCAGGAUGAUCCAUCACUCCAAUCUGGAGCCCCGGAGGUGCCACCACCAUACUGGCAAGAUGGUGUCUUUGUCGGCUCAGGUCCCAAACUGGGAGCCUCUAUGGUCCUGUUCAAGGAAUCAGACUAUAAGAAGCCUUAUCCAGCAGGUGUGGUGGUCCUUCCAGUGGGCUCUCCAUUAUAUGUGGAGGUCUCUAUGAGAGAUCCCAGCUUGGUGGUUGUUUUGGAGGAAUGCUUUGUCGCUCGCUCACCAGACCGUGGCAAACUUGAUCGAUACUCCAUCAUCUCCAACAAAUGUCCCACUGACCGCCAACAAGUGUUUGAGUUUAAGAGUGGCUCAUCCCACCAGGCUCGUUUCUCCACCCUACCCUUCGCUUUUCAUAGAGAAUUACAAGAUGUUUACCUCCACUGCAGCUUCAUCCUGUGUGACCACAAGAGUUCCUCUUGCAUUCCGGAUUGUGAAGAAUUGGAUCCUCCAUUCCUCAGUGACAUUAUUUGUGACUCUGACGAAAUCGGAGUGGGUGUGGAUUCAGUUAGCACAAGACGCGCUGGUUUUAACCCACUCCUUGGCCACCUGGCACAAGCCAUGUGUUUCUGGAACAUAGAGCAAUACAGUGUCGUGUGGUACAAAGUUGACACUGAGGAAGGUACCUGUGGAAACAAAAUGAAGACCAACGGCACACAUGUCAUCUACUCCAACACGUUGUACAUCUAUCCAGUCUUCAAGAGUCCUGUCUCUCUGUUCAUGGGCUUUCCUUUCUCAUGCGUGUAUCCCCUGGACACACACACCAGACUGAACUCACCCAUCAGAACGAUCCUGACGCCUGAUGAAGAGGAUGGUCAGCACCAGGUCCCUGAUGGUCCAUCACACCAAGACAAAGCCCAGGGGGUGCUACCACACUGGCAAGAUGGUGUCUUUGUUGGCUCAGGUCCCAAACUGGGAGCCUCUAUGGUCCUGUUCAAGGAAUCAGACUAUAAGAAGCCUUAUCCAGCAGGUGUGGUGGUCCUUCCAGUGGGCUCUCCAUUAUAUGUGGAGGUCUCUAUGAGAGAUCCCAGCUUGGUGGUUGUUUUGGAGGAAUGCUUUGCCUCUCACUCGUUAGACCGAGACAGUCUUGAUCGAUACUCCAUCAUCUCCAACAAAUGUCCCUUUGAGAGCAGCUCAUCCCUCCAGGCUCGUUUCUCCACCCUCUUCUUCCGUUUUUGGCCGCAAUACCGAGAUGUUUACCUCCACUGCAGCCUCAGCCUGUGUGACCGCAGGAGUUCCUCUUGCACUCCGUAUUGUGAAGAAUUGGAUCGUUCACUCACUCACCUUAAUUGUGGCUCUGACAAAAUCCAAGUGGGCGUGGAUUCCGCUGGCCUAAGAAGCACUGGUCAUAACCCGCUCAGUGGCCACCUGGAAGCCCUCAAGUGUUCCCAGGCCACGAAGCAAGAUGGUGUCGUGUGGUACAAAGUUGAUGCUCAGGAAGGUGCCUGUGGAAACACAAUGAAGACCAACGGCACACAUGUCAUCUACUCCAACACGUUGUUCAUCGACCCAGCAAACAACAGUCCUUCCUCUCUGCCCAUGACUUUUCCUUUCUCAUGCGUGUAUCCCCUGGACACACACAGCAGACUGAAAGUACCCAUCAACGCGACCCUGACGCCCAGUCAGCACCAGGUCAAUGACGAUCCAUCACGCCAACCUGGAGCCCUGGAGGUGCCACCAUACUGGAUGGAAGGUGUCCUUGUUGGCUCAGGUCCCAAACUGGGAGCCUCCAUGGUCCUGUUCAAGGAAUCAGACUAUAAGGAGCCUUAUGCAGCAGGUGUGGUGGUCCUUCCAGCGGCCUCACCAUUAUAUGUGGAGGUCUCUAUGGACAAGAAAGAUCCCAGCUUGGUGGUUGUUUUGGAGGAAUGCUCCACCUCUCACUCACCAGACCGUGACAGUCUUGAUCGAUACUCCCUCAUCUCCAACAAAUGUCUCACUGACCGCCAACACAUGUCUGUGUUCGAGAGCGGCUCAUCCCUCCAGGCUCGUUUCUCCACCCCGUUCUUCCUUCUUCAGGGAAGAGGCCAAGAUGUUUACCUCCACUGCAGCCUCAGCCUGUGUGACCGCAGGAGUUCCUCUUGCAUUCCGGUUUGUGAAGAAUUUGGGUCUCCAUUCCUAAGUCACCUUAACUGUGGCUCUGACAAAAUCCAAAUGGGCGUGGAUUCAGCUAAGAUAAAAAGCGCUGGUUAUGACCCAUUCUAUGGCAACCUGAAACUCAGCAAGUGUUCUCUGGCCACGGAGAAAGAUGGUGUCACAUGGUACCAAGCUGACACAAAGACGGCUACCUGUGGAAAUGUAAUGAAGACCAACGGGACACACGUCAUCUUCUCCAACACUUUAUUCAUCUAUCCAGCAAACAAAGCUUCCUUUGUGUCCCUAAAGUUUCCUUUUUCAUGCGUGUAUCCCCUGAAGACGGACACCAGACUGAAGGCACCCGUCAGACCAAUCCUGCCGAGUUUUGUACAUGGUGCUGAGGUUGGUCAGCACCGAGACCUUGGUGAUCCAUCACAACAAGUCGGACCUCCGGAGGUGCCGCCACGCUGGAUGGAAGGUGUCUUUGUUGGCUCAGGUCCCAAACUGGGAGCCUCCAUGUUCCUGUUCACGGAAUCCGACUAUAAGGAGCCUUAUCCAGCAGGUGUGGUGGUCCUUCCAGUGGGCUCUCCAUUAUAUGUGGAGGUCUCUGUGAGAGAUCCCAGCUUGGUGGUUGUUUUGGAGGACUGCUUUGCCUCAUCGGACCCUGACAGUCUAGAGCAAGAAGCCCUUAUCCACAACAAAUGUCCCGCUGACCGCCACAAAGUGUCUGUGGUUCCGAGAGGCCCAUCCCUCCAGGCGCGUUUCUCCACCCUCUUCUUCCCACUUCAGGGUAAAUACCAAGAUGUUUACCUCCACUGCAGCCUCAACCUGUGUGACGGCAGGAGUUCCUCUUGCAUUCCGGUUUGUGAAGAAUUGGAUGCUUCACUCCGUCACCUGAUUUGUGACUCUGACAAAAUCCGAGUGGGCAUGGACUCAGCUAGGAUAAGACGCACUGGUUAUAACCCACUCUCUGGCAAACUGGCAGACCGCAAGUGUUCCCAGAAAACGGAGCAAGAUGGUGUUGUGUGGUACGAAGUUGAUGCUCAGGAAGGUGCCUGUGGAAACACAAUGAAGAUCAAGAGCACACAUGUCAUCUACUCCAACACUUUAUUCAUCUAUCCAGCAAGCAGACCUUCUUUUCUUCCCCUGACACUAAAUUUCUCAUGCGUGUAUCCCCUGGACACGCACACCAGACUGAACACAGCCAUCAAACCGAGCCAGCAGUCCAAUGGAACAGUUGGUCAGCACGAGGUCCUUUAUGAUCCAUCACAACAAUACGGAGCUGUCAAGGUGGCCUCACCAUACUGGCAAGUACAAGUGUUACAUUUACACAGAAUGUUACAGCAUUGCUCUGCAAGCAGGCCCAUCAUAACUGACAGGAAGGAAAGUGGCUUUGUUGUCUCAGGUCCCAAACUGGGAGCCUCCAUGUUCCUGUUCAAGGAAUCGGACUAUAAGGAGCCUUAUCCAGCAGGUGUGGUGGUCCUUCCGGUAGGCUCACCAUUAUAUGUGGAGGUCUCUGUGGACAAGAAAGAUCCCAGCUUGGUGGUCGUUUUGGAGGACUGCUUCGCCUCUCACUCCUCAGACCCUGACAGUCUCGAUCGCUACUCCCUCAUCUCCAACAAAUGUCCCACUGACCACCAACGCAUAUCUGAGUUGAAGAGCGGCUCGUCCCACCAGGCUCGUUUCUCCAGCCCAUUCUUCCGUCUUCAGGGUCAAGACAGAGAUGUUUACCUCCACUGCAUCGUCAGCUUGUGUGACUGCAGGAGUUCCUCUUGCAUUCCGGUUUGUCAAGAAUCGGAUGAUUCAUCUUUAAGUCACCUUCAUUGUGGCUCUGACAAAAUCCGAGUGGGCGUAAGCCGCGCUGGUAGCCCACUCAUUGGCAACCUGGCAGACCACAAGUGUUCCCGCGCCACGGAGCAAGAUGGUGUCAUGUUGUACGAAGUUGACGCUCAGGAAGGUGCCUGUGGAAACACGCUGAUGCUCAACGGCACAAAUGUCAUCUACUCCAACACUCUGUUCAUCUAUCCAGCCAACAAUGCCAUCUCUCUGCCCCUGAGGAUUCCUUUCUCAUGCGUGUAUCCCCUGGACACACAAACCAGACUGAACACAGCCAUCAGACCUUUCAAUGAAGAGGAUGUUGAGCUCCAGGACCUUGAUGAUCAAUCACUCCAAUCUGGAGCCCUGGAGGUGUCACCGCAGUGGCAAGUGAUGGAAGGUGUCUUUGUUGGCUCAGGUGUCAAACUGAGGGCAUCCAUGUUCCUGUUCAAAGAAUCAGACUAUAAGGAGCCUUAUCCAGCAGGUGUGGUGGUCCUUCCAGCAGGCUCUCCAUUAUAUGUGGAGGUCUCUGUGGACAAGAAAGAUCCCAGCUUAGUGGUUGUUUUGGAGGAAUGCUUCGCCUCUCUCUCAUCCGACCCUGACAGACUUGAGAGAUACUCCUUCAUCUCCAACAAAUGUCCCACUGACCGCCAACAAGUGUUUGAGUUUGAGAGCGGCUCAUCCCUCCAGGCUCGUUUCUCCGCCCUGUUCAUCCCUGAGGAAAACGACCAAGAUUUUUACGUUCACUGCAGCCUCAGCUUGUGUGACCGCAGGAGAAACGCUUGCAUUCCAUCCUGCCCAAGGAGAGUACGACGCUCUGUCUCAGAGGCUCCUCCAAUCAAGCCACUAACCAUUGGACCAAUCACCUGGGAGAAAUCAUUCUGAGGGACGUCCACGGCAUUGGGAUUUUUGAUUUCAGUCUUUUUGGAUACUUUUGACAUAUAACAUCUUUUGAAAUGGCAGAUUUCAGUCUUUUUUUGACGCUGACAUGUAUAACAUCUCUUGAAAUGUUGAACCAUAUUUCUGGUUGUGUGUAAUCAACAUUUGUAUUCAAUUUGCGAUUGUUGACUGAGGUGUAGAUCAGGGGUCUCCAACCAGUAGCUGGGGAGCUCGCCAGCUGAAAAAAGCAUCACAACAAUGACCACACUGUCCGAAAAGAUGCACAUGAACACAAUUCUGUUUCCAUACAUUUGUUUCAUGUUGCAGCAAAAUUAGUUGUUUGGCUUGAAAUCACUAUGAACAUCUCAGAAGAAAAAGUGUGGAGACCUCUGAUGUAGAUGAUAGUGUUUUACUAUUUUACUGCAUUUGACUUUGAGUUUUAUUUAGAGCUGCAACAAUGAAUGAAUCGAUGCGAAUACCCAAUUGACAAUUAUUACGGUAAACAUGUAAAUAUCCUCUGAUUUCAGCCUCUUAAAUGUGAAUAUCUUUGAAUGUCCUUGGCCAUCCAUGAAAGCAGACCUAUUAUCUUUGUCUUUUAGCCAAAACAAGGUCUUCACAUAUCGGCUUUGAUUUUGGAAAACAGGAAUGGCCAUUUUUGCCUCUUUUCUGCUAUGUUGCGCACUCGACCACGAACUGGAGGUGUCCAUCUGUGGCCUAUCCCAUUACUCCAUUCAUUGAAACAACUAGCUUCAGGUUUUUGGCUGUCAGCUCAAAUAUUCGAUUUCUGAAUAAAGAGGCGGAUAUUAAAAACGUGUUUUUCAAAAUCCAUUGAUUAAUUGAAAAACAUUAUUGACCGAUUAAAUCGGUGAUUAAAAUCCUCGUUAGUUGCAGCCCUAGUUUGGUUUGUUAUUGAUAUUGAUUGCAUUUACUCAUUUAGAUUUUGAUUGCAUUCUCUGAUAUUGUAUUGUGGGGGACUUGAGAUGGAAAGUAGCUGCAGCCACAUCUGCUGUAAUGCAUGUUUGGAAAGAUGGUUGUGUUCGUUGUUCCUGUUCAAUCAACAAUAAAGUGAUAAUUAAAGCGA